AUGAAGUAUCAGUACAACGGGCUGCCGGUCAUCACGUUUGCACCAAAGAUGGUGAUCCUGGACUUCAGUGACAUGGACAGCAUGGAGGACGUGCUGGCUGAGGUGAUGGAGUGUUAUGGCUACGUGGACACGCUGAUCUGCAACAGCAGCAUGAAGCUGAAGGCCCCGGUUCAGACGGUCUCCUUGGAGCUGGACAGAAACAUUAUGGACAUCAACUAUUUUGGCCCGAGCACACUUGCUAAAGGUCUUCUUCCAACAAUGAUCUCAAGAAGAUCAGGCCACAUUAUUCUGGUGAACAGCAUCCAGGGCAAGCUGGCGGUCCCAUUUCGAAGCUCCUAUGCUGCCUCCAAACAUGCGGCUCAGGCCUUCUUUGACUGCCUGCGAGCUGAGGUGGAGGAGUACGGGAUCAUCGUCAGCACCGUCAGUCAUACUUUCAUCAACGCCUCUGAGUCUUCACCUGCCGUGGAGCCUGCUCCAAAGUCCAACGCCCUGCUUGAAUAUCUCGCCAGCAAGCUGACCCGUGGCGUGCGCCCGCCAGUCCUGGCCAACGAGAUCAUGCAAACAGUGAACAGGAAGAGGAAGGAGGUCCUGCUGGCCCACCCCAUCCCCAGGGUGGCCCUCUACCUCCGCUCCCUCUUUCCACCUUUCCUCUUCGCUGUGCUGGCAGCAGGAGUGAAGGACUCAGAGCUGGCCGAGCAGCUGCAGUAGAAGGGAUGAUGUGAGAAACGAGCAGAGACGUGAAAGAACCAUGGUUUGUUCUGGAAGGGUUAAUAUAAUCCUGUAUGUCUGGAGAAUGUCAAGCAUGAAGCAGUUCUCCUCUGAAAAAUGAAAUAAAAAUAAUUCACACAGAAACAGAUGUAAGAUUUAAGGACUUGGUUUAUAAAAAGUCUACAAAACGUACAGAGUGCAGAAUAAUAAAGUUUAUUUCAACUUUCAA